AGUCUGAAACAUUGAUUUUUUGGUUCGUUUCUCAACGAACAUCUUUUGAGUAGUCGAGUCAGCUUUCCCUAAUCUUGCAAGUGGGAAGAAAGAAAUUCUGUGUACAGCCUAGCCUACAGGGGUGCCUUGUCCUUUUCUUUCCCUUCCGUCCCACUUCUUCUAAGUAUCCAUUAUGGCAGACUCUGAAGUUGACCAAAUGUCCGAGGUCUCGAGCCCCAGUGAAGUCACCAUGGACUCGACCGAAGUAUUAGUUACCGCAUCGCCAGUAGAAACACCAGCAACUGACCCAUCUUCGGAGGCUGAAAAGGCUGGAGAGGAGGCCAAGUCCGCCAGUCUGGAAGCUAGUGCUGCCGCUCCCGCUUCGUCUUCAGGUGGCUUCUGUUGCAGUUUUGUUGCCAAUAUGAAUCCCAGAGCGCGUGACCUCAUCUAUUGGAAGGACCCCGUCCAGUCUGGAAUUUUCCUGGGAGUCUCCACAGUUGCCUUGCUCGCUAUGCGUUGCAAUGGCUUGGUCAAUACCGUGUCUUUCGUCGGACUCAUUGUCCUAUCCUUGUCAUUUGCCAUAACUGCUGUCUCGGCUCUUGCCAAGAAGUUCCUCGGCAAGGACUUGCCAAACCCACUGGCGCGAGUUCUCAGCCAACCCAUCACGCUUUCUGACGACCAGGUGGAAGGAUUCUCUCGCUGCCUUGCUGCCAAAUUUGAUAAGUCAUGCCAAGAACUUCGCCGACUUUACUGCAUUGUGGAUAUCUCGGACUCCUUCCAGUUCGGUAUUGCUCUAUGGCUGGUAUACUGGAUUACAAGCCGAAUUGGAUUCUUUGACCUGCUCCUCGUCGCUGUGAUCCUCCUCUUCGCCGUGCCUAAGCUGUAUGAAGUCUAUCAGGUCCAGAUCGACCAGGCUGUAGCCAAAGGUAAAGCUCAGACCGUACAGCUGUUGGAAAAGGCUAAGGCUGUACCGUACGUGGACCAGGUUGCCAAAAUCCUAUCUCCCAAGGAGAAAACACAGUAACACCACAACGGGUUGAGGGACUGUUUGGAAAUGUGGUUGCAACUUAUCACCGUGCUUUCCAUCCGUGUUGGCGCACUGUUUCGCUAGCGUGCUGCCGUGACGACGCAUGAGCGUUUUUGUUUGUCGACUGUCACUUGGCCACUUGCACAGCGUGCACCUAUGCAUGCAUGCUGUGGCUGCUUAUGCUGCUACUUACAAGUAACAUUUCGGCAUUCUUCGGAGUUUUAUGCUCGGCUCCCAACAGAUUUUUUCUCUUCAUCAAGUUGAUUUUUGCAAGAAUCAUGCUUAUACCCUUUUCCUCCUAACAUGACCGUUUUACACUCAUACGGCCAUACUCGGUGUAUACCAUUUUAUAAUAUACAUUUACACUCACUUUACUUUUUGCAUAUAUUCUCAGCAUCUCAAAAAAUGUUUAUGGCAGCAUGCAGCGCAGCAAAGCAGCAGCAGGAGGAGAUACAGUGAAAGAUUUAUUAUAGGAUGGAUGUACAUGUGUGUCACUCUGUUCAAUAUGGAA